GAUCAGACUCGGGCUCUGUGAUUAGUCACGGUGAUGUCGCUCAUGACAUAAUGACAAGAUUAUAGGCCUAAAGCCUGGAAUCUUGAUCAAUUAUUCUUGCUGAUCUGCAGCAUUUCUGAUUUUUUUUUUCCUUUCCUUACACGUUAUAUUUUUGUCUGCGCAAGUAUCUGCAUCCACAGGGAAAGCAGAGAUCAUAGGAGUCCCGCCUCUUUGAGAUCCAAAAUGCACUGUGUAAAGGACCAACCAACCAACCAACCAACCAACCAACCAACCACUGAGGCUGGAAAAUCCCUCUGACAUUACCGGAGAGCAUCACACUGCAUCUCGACGCCGGUCAUCUGCUCAGUGUAAGGGGGAUGGAUCUUCUCCUGGGCGGGACAGGGUCAGACAGCUUGGAAGCGUUAAGAGAGUUCAGAGAGUUUACAGUGUGGAGAACCGUGUAAAGCGUCAACAUCACCGGGAUUAGUCGUUAGACUACUGGUAGGCUACAGCGUUGAGAACGAAAUUUCCAGCAGUUCUUCCAGGAGCAGGAGGAGACGUGAACAGACAGACCUCACAACUCAGCAGAAUGCAAAACAUGAAGCUGCAGAUUAAAGUUGUAAAUCCCACAGCGAACUGCUUCAAGUAGUGUGCUGCGACUGGACUGGAAUCAUGUAGCGUCUGUGAAGAGCAGCUCGCAGAUUGUGAGGUGAACUCUCGGUGCGGGGAAAACAGUAACGGACAAACAAGAGGUUUAUUUGUGCUCCUCGUCCCGUUCAAGCAGUUUGCAGCUUCUGCCACUCCAGCCUAACAUGGCCCGGCUACGAAGGAAAGCGUGCAUAGCUCUGUUUCUUUUUACGUUGUUCAUCUUUGGAACCUUGAUGGGACUGAGGACCCUGAAGCCCAGUGACGGUUUCUCGGACCUGGCUCCGGGUUUAGUGCUCCUGCCGAUGAUAGCGGGGAAGAUGGACCGGCGCUCCGUGUCCCGUGAUGCCACCGCGUCCCCAGGUCAAGCCCGCCCAGCUGGCAGCAACACCAAAGUAGUCUUGUCCAACUCCGGCCCUGAGGGCACCAUCUUUUAUGAUGUUCAUAUCUUUUACUACACCUGGUAUGGCACCCCACAUAUGGACGGCAAGUACAUUCACUGGGACCACAUCUUGGUGCCACACUGGGACCCCAAAAUUGCGUCCAGCUACCCGAGAGGGAGACACAUGCCGCCUGAGGACAUCGGCUCCAGUUUCUACCCCGAACUCAAUCCGUACAGCUCCAGGGACCCGGACGUGUUGGAGUCCCAUAUGGAACAGAUCGGAGCAUCUGCAGCAGGGGUUCUGGUCCUGUCCUGGUAUCCUCCUGGUCUGGCUGAUGACAACGGGGAACCUGCUGAGGAUUUGGUACCAGCUGUACUGGAUGCUGCAUAUAGACACAACCUGAAGGUUGCAUUUCACAUCCAACCAUACAGAGGACGCAAUGACCAGAGCGUGCAUGACAACAUCAAGUAUAUCAUUGACAGGUACGGUGACCAUGGAGCCUUCUACAAGUUCACCUCAAGCACAGGGAAGAGUCUCCCACUGUUUUACAUCUACGACUCCUACCUAACUCCCCCAGAGUCCUGGUCUGAAUUUUUGACUCCCACCGGUUCCCACAGUGUGCGUGGCUCAGCUUAUGACUCCAUCUUCAUUGCCCUGAUCGUGGAGGAGCGCCACAAGCACGACAUCCUUGCAGGUGGCUUUGAUGGCAUGUACACUUAUUUUGCCUCCAAUGGCUUCUCCUUCGGCUCUUCUCACCAGAAUUGGAAGGCCAUCAAAGCGUUUUGUGACGGCAACAAUCUCCUCUUCAUCCCCAGCGUGGGACCUGGUUACAUCGACACCAGCAUUCGGCCGUGGAACAACCACAACACGCGCAACCGAGUGAACGGCCGUUACUACGAGACGGCCCUGCAGGCGGCGCUCAAUGUGAGGCCAGAGAUUGUCACUAUCACGUCCUUUAAUGAAUGGCACGAGGGGACGCAGAUAGAGAGGGCAAUGCCUAAAAAAACUGUGACACGUGUAUACUUGGACUAUCAGCCACAUGGACCUGAUCACUACUUGGAGCUGACCCGCCGCUGGGCAGAGGAAUUCAACAAAGAGAAAGAGCAAUGGCUUAUGUGAGCUUUGCUCAAAUGAACUUGAAACAGGAUGCUCUAGUUGAUGUUUGUGUACACAUGAAAGAACAACAGAAUAGGGAGUGAAUGUAGAGACUGAUCAGUAUAGAUGUGAGCGCAUAAGGACUUUCUUUUACCUUUUAACUAUACUGGAUGUUAGAGUUGCUGCAAGUGUGUGUGUGCAAAUUUGUGCUCACAUGCUAAUCUGAACAGGACAUUCUUAAUUGAACUUUCAGGUAAAGCCGCAAUAAAGAGUCAGUCUGGGGAAUUUUCUCCAACUUUUAUUGACAGCCCAGACCUCUAAAAUGCUCUGUAGGUCUGUCACUCAUCACUGACUGCGACUUAUUUCACAAUUAGCUCAAACACUCCCACUAUCAGAAAAACUACUGCCUGACAUAUUCAUAAAUACUACGUGUCACCAUGUGAAGUCCUCAUAUAUAACUCAUUACAAUAGCAAUAGUGGCACUUUUAUGGUUUUUCAUUAAACAGAAUGAGACACAAAUGUUGAUCUUCCCUUUGCUCAGGUUCAGAGAGCUCAUUAAUAUGGUGAUGACAUAGUGUUUUUAAAACCAGUACAUGAGGGUUAAGCAAGUGAAGCAAGUGAAGAGUGGUUUUAUUGCAGAUGUCAUACAAAAAUCUUCAACAUGAGUCCUAUAAAAUUAAAGGAAUAGUUCAGCAUUUUGGGAAAUAUUGAUGAGAAGAUUGUUUAAAUAUGAAGCUACAGGCAGCAGCCGCUUGGCUUAGCUUAGCAUAAAGCCAACAACUAGCCUGGUUUUGUUUAAUGGUAAUAACAUCCACCCUUUAAACAUUAUAUCUUGUUUGUUAAAUCAAUACAAAAACAUAAAUCUAGAAAGGACAAGUUGCAGUUUUACAAGGUGUUAUGUGCUGGACUACUUCUUGGCCAAGUGCAGUGACUUUAUGGAGUCUCUGCUAGUUACCUGACAAAACUUAAAUCAACUUAUCUCUCAGCACAAAAGCAAAUACAUUUAUUUCCCAAUAUGUCAACCUAUUGCUUUAAAAGUUUUAUUUCAGUUUUCAGUUCUCUGUCUUAUUUGUUUUAUAUAUAUUGUACAAUAUUUAAUAAGGUUUCAUAUAAUUUCAGAUUGUUGUAAUUCUGUCAAAAAGGCUGCACCACUGAAAACCAUCUUGAAGAAACUCCAAGAAAUGUAUAUUAGCUGGUGAGUAAAAUUAAAUGUCCUUUUGAAUAUUUGUAGCAUGAAGAUUACCACUGCUACUCUUCACUAUGCUAACCAACAAAGGUGUUCAGUAUUAGAGUAAGUCAGUCAGGCCAUUGGAGGGCAGUUACACUAAAUUUUGCCUUAAACUUAUAUUAUUAUUAUAUUAUAUUCAGACCUACUUGAAUUAAUCAGAAUUUUGGUGUAAUUACCUGUAUGGAAAAAAAAGCCAUGUUCAUUGUGGGCACACAUUACCUUCUUUCACUUAAGUUAAAUCAAUAGAAUCAGAAGUUGAAAGUUUUGAGGCUGGGGCUCAAUGUUUUGGAUAAAAACCUAUCACUUACUGGGGCACUCUGUUGUAUGGAUGUGUGUGUGAUUUAGAGUUGAUGAAAUCCUGCUGUCUAUUAAAAGUAAAAGUACUUUCA